GAAGCUUCUCUCGGAUCCAAGAGAAGCAGAAACCUUCGACCACCCUGAAUCUCGUCUUCGCCUUCAACUUUCGGUGUCCUCUCACUGCUUCCUAGUUGGAUUCUGACUCUUCUCUUUUACCAGUUUGGGUUGGUUUAGAAAGCGACCCAUUACCCCGGCGGGUCUCAGAAAGUUUGACUACGACAAAGAAUUAUAGGGUUUGUGUAAUUCACGAGCUUCCCCAGGUUUGCAUGUAGUCUUGUUGAUCGCAAGAGUGAGCAAACAUGGUGAAGGAUGGGUUUGAAUUGAAGGAUCAGAUGAAGGAAUGGUUCCAAGAAUCUGAGACAUUGAUUCAUCAGAUUCCUCAACCCCAACUUUACGCCGCAAUUGGGGUUCUGUUGCUGACUACCAUCCUCCUCUUAUUAGUUAGUUUGUUCAGGCGCACAAAACCCAACACUAUUGUUCUGACUGGACUAAAUGGAAGUGGAAAAACUGUUCUUUUCUACCAGCUGCAAGAUGGCUCUUCCCAUCAGGGUACUGUGAAUUCAAUGGAACCAAAUAAAGGUACUUUUGUGCUUCAUUCGGAAAGGAGUAAGAAGGACAAAAUAAAGCCUGUUCACAUUGUUGAUAUUCCCGGCCAUUCUCAUCUUCGACCCAAAUUAGAUGAGUUCUUCCCUAAAGUAGCUGGCAUAGUGUUUGUAGUUGACUCUUUGGAAUUCUUGCCAAAUUGUCGUGCUGCUUCAGAGUACCUCUAUGAUAUUUUGACCAGGGCAAUUGUUGUGAAGAAGAAAAUUCCAGUACUUAUCCUCUGCAACAAAGUGGAUAAAGUUACUGCACACACAAAGGAGUUCAUACGGAAACAGCUGGAAAAGGAAAUUGAGAAUCUCCGGGCCUCGAGAAGCGCUGUAUCAGCAGCCGAUAUUGCUAAUGAGUACUCUCUUGGUGUACCUGGCAAAGCCUUUGCGUUCUCUCAGUGCCAGAACAAAGUGACCCUUGCAGAAUCCUCUGGUCUGACUGGUGAGGUGGCUCAGCUGGAGCAGUUCAUCAGGGAGCAUGUGAAGCCUUAACUGGAUACUUUUACUUAUUCCCAGCCAAAUUUUGUCUCUCUUCAAGGAUUAAUUGGUCUUCCCAUCUUAACACUGGAGUAAUUCGAGAAGAAAUGGUCAAAUAGAUUGCAAGAGACUGAAGGCAGGCAGUUUUGAGGGAGCCCAAAUUCAAGUCAUAUUUGGAGGUUUUGUGGUUGUCUUGAGUGCGUUUGAAACACUGAUGGAUGAUGCAAUGUCCUUGAUAGAAUGAUACCCGCAGCAUCCUAGCUGAUAUACCUGUUGAAGCAUUAUGAACACCGAGCGUGCUUUUGUCUUUCAUAUUUAAUUGAUUUAAAUUUGUAUCUCAGGGAGGUCUUGGGAUGAUGAAUGGCUGCAAAUUGCCAGGCGCCCUUUAUAUCUUCAUUCUUUUUUAUUUAUGUUUUUGCUAAAUCACAUGUCUUCAUUCCUCGACAGAUCUCUCUGUUUUCUAUAACCCAUGUUUUAACAGUGAUAUGUGCUUCUUCAUGCCUAUGCCAUGUUAAUUAUGUACUUA